AUGAGUGUAACAUUUGAAAAAACAUUCAGAAGAGAUGCAUUAAUUGAAAUAGAGAAAAAAUACCAAAAACAAUGGGCUGAUGAAAAAUUAUUUGAAAUAGAUGCUCCAACUUUUGAAGAAGUACCAAUUGAAAAUGUUGAAGAAGUUAGAGAAAAAUAUCCAAAAUUCUUUAGUACAAUGGCAUAUCCAUAUAUGAAUGGGGUUUUACAUGCUGGUCAUGCAUUUACAUUAUCAAAAGUUGAAUUUGCAACUGGGUUUGAAAGAAUGAAUGGUAAAAGAGCAUUAUUUCCAUUAGGUUUUCAUUGCACUGGUAUGCCAAUAAAAGCAGCAGCCGAUAAAAUAAAAAGAGAAGUUGAAUUAUUUGGAGAAGAUUUUGCAGGCGCACCAGCUGAAGAUGAAGAAGAACCAACUGCCAAAAAGGAAGAAGUUAAAAAGGAAGAUUUAACUAAAUUUAGUUCUAAAAAAUCAAAAGCAGCUGCUAAAACUGGAAGAGCUAAAUUUCAAUUUGAAAUUAUGUUACAAUUAGGGAUACCAAGAGAAGAAGUUGCAAAAUUUGCCAACUCUGAUCAUUGGUUAAAAUUUUUUCCACCAUUAUGUCAAAAAGAUGUUACAGCAUUUGGAGCAAGAGUUGAUUGGAGACGUUCAAUGAUUACAACUGAUGCUAAUCCAUAUUAUGAUGCAUUUGUAAGAUGGCAAAUGAAUAGAUUAAGAGAUUGCGGUAAAAUUAAAUUUGGGGAAAGAUAUACAAUUUAUUCAGAAAAAGAUGGACAAGCUUGUUUAGAUCAUGACAGACAAUCAGGUGAAGGUGUGACACCUCAAGAAUAUGUAGGUAUUAAAAUUAAAGUUGAUGAAUUUGCACCAGAAGCUUCGAAAAUUUUAAAAGAAAAUAAUUUUGAUUUAACUAAAAAUAAGGUUUAUCUCGUGGCUGCUACUUUAAGACCUGAAACCAUGUAUGGUCAAACUUGUUGUUUUGUAAGUCCAAAAAUUGAUUAUGGAUUAUUUGAUGCUGGUAAUGGAGAAUAUUUCAUAACAACUGAACGUGCAUUCAAGAAUAUGUCAUUUCAAAAUUUAUCUCCAAAAAGAGGUUAUUAUAAACCAGUUCUUCAUUUAAAUGGUAAAUCUUUAAUUGGUUCUAAAAUAGAUGCUCCAUUAGCUGAAUUAAAAGAUUUAAGAGUCUUACCUAUGGAAACAGUUAAAGCCACCAAGGGAACUGGAGUUGUUACUUGUGUUCCAUCAGAUUCUCCAGAUGAUUAUAUAACAACAAAAGAUCUUUCAAAUAAACCAGAAUAUUACAAAAUCGAAAAAGAUUGGGUUAAAACUGAAAUAAUUCCAAUUGUUCAUACUGAUAAAUACGGUGAUAAAUGUGCCGAAUUUUUGGUUAAUGAUUUAAAAAUCCAAUCACCAAAAGAUGCUGUACAAUUAGCAGAAGCAAAAGAAUCAGCGUACAAAGAAGGUUAUUAUAACGGUACAAUGAUUAUAGGUAAAUAUAAAGGUGAAAAAGUUGAAGAUGCCAAACCAAAAGUAAAAGAAGAUUUAAUUGCUUCAGGUGAUGCAUUUGUAUAUAGUGAACCUGAAAAUCAAGUUAUUUCAAGAUCUGGUGAUGAUUGUUGUGUAUCAUUAGAAGAUCAAUGGUAUAUUGACUAUGGUGAGGAAGUUUGGUUAGGUCAAGCUCUUGAGUGUUUAAAAGAUAUGGAAACAUUUGCAAAGGAAACAAGACAUGGAUUUGAAGGUGUUUUUGCAUGGAUGAAAAAUUGGGCUGUUACAAGAAAAUUCGGUUUAGGUACAAAAUUACCUUGGGAUGAUCAAUUUUUAGUUGAAUCAUUAUCCGAUUCUACAAUUUAUAUGGCUUAUUAUACAAUUGACCGUUUCUUACAUUCGGAUUAUUAUGGUCAAAAACCUGGAAAAUUCAAUAUUAAACCAGAACAAUUGACUGAUGAAGUAUUUGACUACAUUUUCACCCGUCGUGAUGAUGUUGAAACUGAUAUACCAUUAGUAGAAUUAAAAGAAAUGAGAAGAGAAUUUGAAUAUUUUUACCCAUUAGAUGUAAGAGUUUCAGGUAAAGAUUUAAUUCCAAAUCAUUUAACUUUUUUCAUUUAUUCACAUGUUGCAAUUUUUCCAAAAAAAUUUUGGCCAAAGGGUGUUAGAGCAAAUGGUCAUUUAUUAUUAAACAACGCAAAAAUGUCAAAAUCAACUGGUAAUUUUAUGACUUUAGAACAAAUUGUUGAAAAAUUCGGUGCUGAUGCUUCAAGAAUUGCAAUGGCAGAUGCUGGAGAUUCAAUUGAAGAUGCAAAUUUUGAUGAAGCAAAUGCUAAUGCAGCAAUUUUAAGAUUAACCACCUUGAAAGAUUGGUGUGAAGAUGAAUUAAAAAAUUCAUCAGAUUUAAGAACUGGUGAUUAUGAUUCAUUUUUUGAUGAAGCUUUUGAAAACGAAAUGAAUGAUUUAAUUGAAAAAUGUUACAAUCAAUAUUCCUUAAGUAAUUAUAAACAAGCAUUAAAAUAUGGUUUAUUUGAUUUUCAAAUUGCAAGAGAUUUUUAUAGAGAAUCAGUCAAUUCAUCCAUCAAAAUGCAUAAAGAUCUUGUUUUAAAAUAUAUUGAAUAUCAAGCUUUAAUGUUAGCUCCAAUUGCUCCACAUUUUGCUGAAUACUUAUAUAAAGAAGUUCUAAAUAAAAAGGGAAGUGUUCAAACUACUCAAUUCCCAAAGCCAUCAAAACCAGUAUCAAAACCUGUAUUGGAUGCUUUAGAAUAUGUUAGAUAUGUAUCGAGAUCAAUCCGUGAAGUUGAAGGUUCAGGAUUAAAGAAAAGAAAAGGUAAAUCCGAUCUUGAAACUGGUGAUUCCGUUAAAUUAACCUUGUUGGUUUCAAAUACAUUCCCAGAAUGGCAAGAUAAUUAUAUUGAAUUUGUUAGAGAGCUUUUUGAUAAACAACAAUUAUCUGACAAUUCCUUGAUUAAACAAAAAGUUGGUAAAGAUAUGAAGAGAGCAAUGCCUUUUAUAAAUCAAUUAAAACAAAGAUUAAAUACAGAAGAUCCAAAUUUAGUAUUUAAUAGAAAAAUUACAUUUAAUGAAAUUGAAAUUUUACAAAAAGUAUUAUCAAUUAUUAAAAAUUCAACUUUUUCAGUAAAAGUUAAUGAUAUGGAAAUUAUAUCAUUUGAUAAUGGUAGUGAUAAAGGUAAAAAUAUUUUAACAGGAGAAGAUGUUGAAAUUAGUAUAAAAUCAAAAAUUAAAGAAAAUGCAGUACCUGGAGAACCUGGUAUUAUAUUAACAAAAAUUUAG